CCCUCCGCACUACUGAAGCGCGGUUAGUGAAGAGGAAGCGGAGAGCUGCUCUCAGGCGGAGUGCGGACCACGUUCUUGCUGCUGUGAGCUCCGGACAAAAGUUGGGACAAUACAGCGGCGUCUGAGCGUUUUACUGUUUGGAGGAAAGUCGCGCUCUCUUGUUCAGAGAUGUCUGGCGGAGUGAUCCGAGGCCCCGCUGGUAGCAACGACUGCCGGAUUUAUGUGGGGAAUCUCCCGCCUGAUAUCCGCACCAAGGACGUCGAAGAUGUGUUUUACAAGUAUGGAGCGAUUCGAGACAUCGAUUUGAAAAACCGACGAGGCGGGCCGCCGUUCGCCUUUGUGGAGUUUGAAGACCCCAGAGAUGCCGAGGAUGCUGUGUAUGCUCGGGACGGCUAUGACUACGACGGGUACAGGCUCCGAGUGGAGUUUCCGAGAAGUGGACGCGGUAUGGGUAGAGGAGGUUUUGGAGCAGGGGCACCCAGGGGCAGAUACGGACCCCCAUCCAGACGCUCUGAAUACAGAGUGAUUGUUUCGGGCCUCCCACCAAGCGGCAGCUGGCAGGAUUUGAAGGAUCACAUGCGUGAAGCAGGUGAUGUAUGUUAUGCUGACGUUUUCCGAGAUGGAACUGGUGUGGUGGAGUUUGUGCGCAAAGAAGACAUGACCUACGCGGUUCGAAAGCUGGAUAACACUAAGUUCCGAUCGCAUGAGGGGGAAACUGCAUACAUUCGAGUGAAAAUGGAUGGUCCGCGCAGCCCCAGCUAUGGAAGAUCGAGGUCCAGGAGCCGCAGUCGCAGCAGGAGUCGCAGCCGCAGCAACAACCGUAGCCGCAGCUACUCACCACGGCGUGGCCGAGGGUCUCCUCAGUACUCUCCUCGCCACAGUCGCUCUCGCUCUCGAUCCUAAGCCUUCCACUCUCACCACCUCUGUGGUGCUUUUGGUUUCCUGCCCCUCUGUUUUUGGUGAAGCUGUUGACUCAUCCUAUUUUACCUUCUCCCCCCAACCUCCCCCCCUGCAUUGAGUACUAGUUUUAUUUUUUCCACCUUCAUUUUCCUGAUUUGGUCCUCUGAAUGUUGUCUACGUGUCCUGCCCUCCACUUCCAUUUCUCAUCCAUCCACCCCACCUUAUCUCCCCAAACCCAUCUAAAUUCUUUUAAGAAUGUGUUUUAAAGGACUGCUCACACGCCCUCCCCCUAUCUCACCUUUCGUUUGUCCUUUUUUGAUGAUGAAAUGGAACUCUCAUUGACCAAACAAAGGUUGCUUAAUGCCUCUCAAUAUUUUGGUAAAUGUCAUGUACUGUCUUUCAUGAGGGUGGGUUCAUAAAAGUUGUAUUUUACCCUGUCUUCCUCUAGUCAUUUGACAAAGGAUGAACUGAUACUUUGUAAUAAAGGACUGCCGAAUCCAUUUGUUGAGUUACAGGUUGAAGUUUAUAAACGGGGGUCCUCUGUUAUCACAGUGAAUGCUUCUUUACCAGCAAACUUAAGUGGUAUUACUCUUCCUCCUGCGUCUGUGUAGAAAGUGACCUUAUGGCACUUAUAGCUAUGUUGACAGUCCAGAUUAGAUGUAUUCAUGUUAUCUGUACUUUUUACAUACAAGAUGGCCUUUGGGGCAAAUCAGGCUAGAGACCGAAGGCGUACAUACUUAAAGUUUGGGCAGGCUCUGAUGGUAGAUGAAGAGCAUGGUUUGCAACAAUAAGCCAGGAUAAUUUUUUUUUUCCACUAGAAUGCAAUAUGCAUGCAUUACAGAAGGAAUUUUAACCAGAAAGUGUUUCUAACUCUCUACCUUUUUCUUGGUUUUGCUGGUAUUUUAAGGUUUGGAUUGGAGGAGAGGCUCAGUGGAUGCCGGCUCAUUGGGAUCAGUUCAUAAUGAAGAUAGGAUAGGGAAUGCUGGAUACAAGGAACAAUUUCUCCAGGAUCGUAGGAUUUAAGACCGAGCAGUUCAAGUUUUACCAAAAGUUUUACACUUUUUUUUUAUUUUUUUCAUUUGGAACCUUACCCAACAUUUUACCCUUGGUAUUUUCACUCACUUUGGAGGAACAGAUGCUGGAGCAAUCAUUUGGGAUGGAAUCAACAGAAGCAGUCUGGUAAAUUGAGGGAAAAUUUGGGAUUAGGGGUGAAACUCAGGCAAUUCUAGAUUCUCACUGCCCCUUGGUGGGCAGUAAUGGAUGCUUUUACAUCGCUAGCUUUUUAUUUGGUUAUUUUUUUAGUGAACAGUUGCCUCAAUAAAAGAUACAUUGAUAUAUAAA